UCCAAUCUUUGCGUCAGAACUACAUUUCCCAUGAUCCCUCGCUCAUCGGCGUCUCGUCAGCAGCGCUCAGCGCUCGCAGAUCCAGCAUCAGAGCGACGAGCAGCAGCGCUCCAAUGAUGAUUUUCGCCGUUUACAUUCUCCGUAGGUGAUGGUAGCACACACAAGAGGAUUUAUUCAAUAUGUCCCGCGCAUUGGAACAUUUCCCGACUGUCGUCCUUUAAAUGAGGAAUGUCAGCUGUUUUUUCAUCCAUCGGGAUUAACGCACAAAUUGCAGGAAGAUGAAGAAGCAAUUCAACCGAAUGCGACAGCUCGCCAACCAGACAGUGGGCAGGGCGGAGAAAACAGAAGUCCUCAAUGAAGAUCUUCUGCAGGUGGAGAAGCGUCUGGAACUUGUUAAGCAUGUUUCUCACAGCACACACAAGAAGUUGACCGCAUGUCUGCAGGGUCAGCAGGGUGCAGAAGUGGACAAGAGGUCCGUCAGGUCACCUUCAAAGAAGCUUCCUCUGACAUCAUUGGCUCAGUGUUUGGUGGAAGGUGCGCUGGUGUUGGGUGAUGAUUCUCUACUGGGGAAGAUGCUGAAGAUCUGUGGAGAGACGCAGGACAGACUCGCUCAAGAACUUCUGCUCUUUGAGCUUCAAACAGAACAUGAUGUCAUUGAACCGCUCUACACACUCGCUGAGAUUGAAAUUCCCAACAUUCAAAAGCAAAGAAAACAUUUAGCCAAACUGGUACUGGACAUGGAUUCUGCUCGCACACGGUGGCACCAGUCAUCUAAAUCUUCUACUUUGUCCAAUAAAGAAACAUCAACCGGAGCCAAAGGCGAGUCUCUCAGAGAGGAGAUGGAGGAGGCGGGCAAUCGCGUUGAGAUCUGUCGGGAUCAGCUCUCAGCAGACAUGUACAGUUUCAUGGCCAAAGAAAUCGAUUAUGCAAACUACUUCCAGACGUUGAUAGAAGUUCAGGCUGAGUACCACAGGAAAUCUUUAGAGGCGCUUCAGAAUGUUCUACCUCUGAUUAAAGCUCAACAGGAGUCAUGGGUGGAGAAGCCGUGUUACGGGAAACCUCUGGAGGAACAUCUGUCUCUGAGCGGCAGAGAAAUCGCAUUUCCCAUUGAAGCGUGUGUGACCAUGCUGCUGGACUGCGGCCUACAGGAGGAGGGUCUGUUCCGAGUGGCUCCAUCUGCAUCUAAGCUGAAGAAGUUGAAGGCGUCAUUGGAUUGCGGCGUUCUGGAUUUUCAGGAAUGUUCUGUGGAUCCUCACGCCAUCGCCGGGGCUCUGAAGUCAUACCUGCGCGAGCUGCCUGAACCUCUGCUGACCUUUGACCUCUAUGACGAGUGGAUACAAUCCACGAAUAUCGCAGAUCAGGACAAACGUCUGCAGGCGUUAUUAAACACAUGUGAAAAACUCCCCAAAGCCAACAGUGACAACUUUAAGUAUUUGAUCAAAUUUCUUGCCAAGCUGAACGAGUUUCAGGAUGAUAACAAGAUGACGCCGGGGAACAUGGCGAUAGUGCUGGGGCCCAAUCUGCUAUGGGCGAACACUGAGGGGAAUAUUACAGAGAUCAUGACCACGGUCUCACUGCAGAUCGUCGGCAUCAUCGAGCCGAUCAUUCAGCACGCCGAUUGGUUCUUCCCUGGAGAGGUUGAAUUUAACGUGACGGGUAACUACGGCAGUCCCAUCCACACCAAUCACAACGCUAACUACAGCUCCAUGCCUUCCCCUGACAUGGACCAGUCGGAACGCAAGAUGCAGGAUCAGAACAGACGACCCCUCAGCGUUGCCACGGACAACAUGAUGCUGGAGUUCUACAAGAAAGACGGCAUCAGGAAGAUUCAAAGUAUGGGAGUUCGAGUCAUGGAUACGUCCUGGGUGUCUCGGAGAGGUUCCUCAUCGUCACGGAAGAGUUCGUCGACCCCGCCCAGCGUCCAGCCGCCCGCGCCGCCCUUCGAUUCGCUGAACCCUGAGCAGCCGGUCGAUCUCUCCACCUCCCCCUCCCAGACUCCGCCCCCCAUCAGUGGCGACAGAACCAGUUCUCCAAAGACCAGAGAACCUUCACCUGUGAUUGGUCAGAGAGGAAUUUCACCUACGACUCCAUCAUCUGGACAGAUGCAGUUAUCAGAUCAGAGUCCACACCCACUGCGUAAAGUUUCCAAAAAAUUAGCCCCCAUCCCUCCGAAGGGGCCAUUUUCUCCGCCUGGCUGCGUUUCGGACAUUUCUCCGGGUCCCUCACCCGUCAGCCUGUCCCCGACGCCUCCCAGCACUCCCUCUUCAUACGGCUUCAGUUACCCGCAGGGCGGCUCCGCCCUCACCUCACCCGGACACGCCCACAGCCAGACGCCCAGCAGUCCCUCUCUCUCCUCGCCCCCUCCCCUCUCAGGCACCCUUCCCAAAUCCCGACCCACCCCUAAACCCCCCCGUCAGAGACCCAACCUGCCUCCUCCACGGCCUCCGUCGGGUACAUCGGGUCUGAGUCCGCAGCCGCUGGAUCACGCCGCGGGUCUGCUGGACGGAUUAGCACCCGAGAGCAUGUCUACAGACUCGUUGUGCGAUCUGGAUGUUCCCGUGAUAGAUGUCGAGCUGGGUGAAAUUCUGGAUGAAUACUCGUGGAGCUCUGAGCUUCAGUUGGACCCCAGCGGUCGAGUGGAAUCGGAAGAGGAGUCGGAAAGCACGGCCCUAUGACACCUCUCUACCCACAAUCCUUUGCUCCUGCUCUUCGUUGUGUUGCUACUCUGUGCUGAGAACAUUCCCGACUGGAAAUCUCAUGAAAAACUACAUCAACACAUCACUGUCGUCUUGAUUUGUUUUUGUUUCGUUUCGUUGCCUUAUCUGAGUUAUGCACUUUGGCCUUGAAGUCCGUAUAGCAUCUCGACGUGUUCUGAUGUUUAUGAACGGCAGGUCUGGGCUUUGUACUGUUGCUCCAUACACACAUGCAUGAUGGACGUCUUUAUUGCCAUUCAUUUUUUACAGCGUUGUGUCACACGCAUUGUGUUUUUAAGGGGAUUUUAGUCUUUGAUGUAGAUUUGGUCUCAUGGUACUGACCAGAGGAAGGUGUUGUACUGCGGUACCAUUGAAAAUACUAAAGUAAGAUCACUGCAGUGACACUGAAUGAAUGCUGGAACGUGUAGUCACAUCAAGCCGUGAUCGAUUAAACACAAAAAAACAUAUGUGGACGGAGAGCAGAAAACUGUGUUUUUUAUUUCACAAGGAUGACGUGGGAGGUCUGGGUUUCUUUUUGAUCUUCUGUGGUCUUUCCCCACAUUCAGGAUUUUAUCAUUUAAAAGAGAUUACACUCAUGAACAGCAAUUUCUAUAUGAAGUAGUAUUUCCCCAAAUCACUUGACCAUACAACACAUGCCAUACACGUGUCCAGGAAUGUUUUAUUUGUGUGUUUUCCGGACCCGGCCAUCACAAUUUAAAAAAAUGUAUGCAUUAAUUUUUCAUUUACAAAGCAGUAAAAUCUUUCCUAAUGGUUUGGAUUACUGAAGUGUAGUGUGCUUUAAGUUCCAUGAUUUUUUUUUUUCACGGGCCGUCACUUAUGUUACGUGUUAUAAAGUGCUGUAAGUAUUAGCAAAUCCAAACGUCACGCAUCCGCUCAGACGUGUAUAUAGUCUAUAAUAAAACAAGAUCAAAUAUUUGUAAAGGCAGACAUUUAUGAAUUCUCUCUCUCGCUCUGAAUAUAAAUACAGACAUGUUAUUUUUGCUUCAGACGCAAUACUGCUACAUGUACAUAAAGGAAUAUAAAUAUGCUGCGGUUCUCAUGAAAAGAUGUGCAAAGAGUCGUUCAGAGAACAGAAUUGCGACAGAGAUUAAACAACGAAGAAGUCACAAGUUUACCUCGUAUGGUCUGAUGUUUUAACUUAAUCAGACCGAACAUUAUGUCUUUGAUUCUGUUAUUUAUUCUUUAAAGUCAACAUGAAACUCACAGCGGUCGUUUAACAACGUAAACACCACAGAGUAAAUCCUCUUAUUUCACGUUGACUUUAAAAAAGUGUGUAUGUGUGCGUGUGUUUGAAUAAUUGUGGUUUGUGUGAUAUAAAACAUGACUUCAGGUGUUCAGUGAGAUGUUGGUUUAACAGAUCAGGGUAACUGUGCGGAAAUGAUGUUGAACCAACAUGUUAAAACUCCAUCUUUUGCUUUACAUUUAUGAUCAGAGCAGAUCUGUCAGGACGAUGAACUGUCAUGGAUCUGCAGAGCCGAAUGUCCUUGUGUUUUCUCUGAAGCACACGCAUGUAAACGAGAGAAAUCCGUGUGUUUCAGCAGGUAUGAAUACUGUGAUUUCCAGCAAUAUCAGGUGAAAUCUGCAGACUUUGUUUUCUGUGCUGUUUCUGAGAGAUUCUGAGAUGUCCCAAAUGUUCUUGAGGAGGCCGAGGAGCAGAAACUGUACAUGUGUGUGUGUGUGUGUUGGGUGUAAAUCUGGAUUAUUGUCAUGUGGAUCUGAUCAAUCUCAUCUCUGUAAAACUGCUGCAUGCUUUGCAUUCGUUCCUUAUAAUGCUGUCAUAGUUUGUUGAAUGAAAAGGAUUAAUAGACACUAUAGCAACAAAAAUAUCAGCUGCUUAUGAAAAUAACGCUUAGGUUUCCUGUAGUGAGACACAAAAACACACUACAGCCGAUGGCAUGCCACAUCCACAGAUUGUCCGUUCUCACUGACAGUGAUUUUGUUCUGGACAUAAGUGUCGGUGUAAACGGCUCUCGAGAAUUCACUUCACAUCAAAGUCAACGCUGUGGUUUUACAGCCACCACACAAAGCUCUGGAGCGUUUCAGUAAAAUGUAUUAAUCACACCGUAUCGUGCAUAUAUGAAAUAUUUAAGGAGACAGAACCGUACAUCCCCCGUGUGUAUAUUAUUGUGGUGGGGUGUAAAGUCGUGCAUGCACUUCUGAAGGGGUUUCAGUUUGGCUUAAAGAAACGUUGGGAGUCUUUGACUCAUGUCGUUGUUUUUACGGGGAGGUUCUGUGUGUCAAAAUGUGUUUUAAAUGGAAAAGUUUGAGAUGUGGUGCUCAAAGUCUCAUGAAGUAUAAAGAACAACAGUGGAAUGUGAUCUGAAUUAAAAAAGCAAUUUGAUUUACUUCUGUUUGUACAUGUUAUUUAUUUGUUUUUAACAUUUUUAAUGAUGCAUUGUGAAGCAAGAUUUCAUCCGUCAUUCUGUGUCUGGUCAUUCAGAGAAUCUGAAGAAUGUUCCGCUGCAGGCCACACAGAUUCUGUCCAAAUAAAAGAUGUAAAGAUCAGAA